ACCAGUCAUCUCUCUCUCUCUUUUUGACUCUCUCGUAAGUCGUAACUGUAAAAAGUUGUUCACUCUGACUCUCUCUUUCUCCUUGCAAACAAAAGAAAAGGGAGAAAUGGCAGAUGAGGGAACAGCAACCUGUAUAGAUAUCCUUCUGGCAAUAAUCUUGCCUCCCCUUGGUGUCUUCCUCAAGUUCGGUUGCAAGGUGGAGUUCUGGAUCUGUUUGGUGCUGACCCUUUUUGGGUACCUCCCUGGUAUCAUUUAUGCUGUUUAUGCCAUCACCAAGUGAUCCAUAGGUAAUGAAUGAUCUUCCUUGUACUUCCGAGAAGAUGUGUUUGUGCUGAUCCUUUUUGAGUGCCUCCCUGGUAUCAUUUGGUGUUUCCAGUAACUAUUUGAGGGAAAAGAGUUGGCGUUUAUACCAUGUUGUCUCACACUAAUCAACAAGUUUUGACAUUUUACUAUCUCGUUCAUACUAACUAACAACUUCUGAUCAACUUCUUUCUCAAUAACUUUUUCACUCACAUAUCAAUUAUAAUUUUUUCACCACCGAAAAUAACUUUGACAUUUCUUAACAAUUUAUUUAUUAUGUAACAAUUUUUUUUCACAAUUUAUUUACCACUGAAAACACCCUUAUGCGAGAUAUUAUUCACUGCCGCCCCAAGCCUCUCCCAACCACACCCCACAAAAAUGUGUGGUUGAAGAGAGGUGCCAGGGGUACUGAGUAAUUUUUCCAUUCAUGCUGACCCUUUUGGGUACCUCCCUGGUAGGAGUGUCAUUUUUCUCUCUCUUUCUCUCUCUCAAGAUGUGGGAUCACGAAAAAGUUAAAAGCUGAAAAUACUCCUAGGGAUUUUUGUACUUCUGAGGAAAAAGAAGCAAAAGGAUUUUUCUGAGUUUGCUUUAGAAGCUUAUACUAGCUAUUUGGAAAAGGAAAAUUGGGUUAGUUUAGGUGAGUUUUGGGCUGAAAUGGAAAAGGCAAAUGCUCCAAGGUGAAUUGUUUGGUGUUAAACAACCCCACCCCAAAUUGCUUGUUUAAGCCAUUCCAAACGCAGCCCGACAAAAGCAAUAAGUACGUGGAAAAUAUUCUUUCACUUUUCUGAAACAAAAAAAAACCAUCAUAUAAAGGGUAGUUUUAAUGAGCACCAUAAACACGCUUAUUAGGCAAUUAAUGCACACCUUCUUGUUGGUAAUUAUUCCUUUAACUAGGCAAAUUCUAUCAUGUAAACAGUAUGAUAUGUUCCCAAAAAAAAUAAAAGAAAAUCAUUUAAUUAACAUUUAACAGUAUAGUUGGCGUUACAAUUAAAAAUGCCAUUAUUGUUUCUCUUUUUACUUCAUUAAUUAAUUGCAAGAUGCUUCUACU